AUGAACGUCCUCAAGCUCCAGAGGAAAUUUCCUCAAUUCCAACAAAAUGACAUCUUCUCUCUCGCCGACGCAUUCCGCAAGCUCGAUGUUGACGAUAAGGGUUACAUUGACGAGGCCACGGCCAUCAAGGCCACUCAAGCAGCCGAACGCCAGCCCUACGACGUUGUCCGCCAGGCGUUGAAGGAGGUUGAGCUCGAUUCUUCCAGGCGAGUCGAACUGGAAGACUACGUCGGACUCGUUGCCAAACUCCGCGAUUCCCCAGGCGGCCCCCAAGGGAUAUCCGCCGCCGCCGCCGCCUCGCCAGCCGCGGUCAUUUCCCAGAGGACAGGUGGUGGUGGUGGUGGCCAUGCCUCCAAGGGCAGCAUCGGAGGCAGUGGUAAAAUUUUCGUGGCCGGCUCCAACUCCAACAUCACCCACACGAUCAACGAAGAUGAACGCACCGAAUUCACUCGCCACAUCAACGCCGUCCUGGCAGGGGACCGCGAUAUCGGCAGCCGCUUGCCCUUCCCGACUGACACCUUCGAGAUGUUCGACGAGUGCAAGGAUGGCCUGGUGCUCGCCAAACUCAUCAACGACAGCGUUCCCGACACUAUUGAUGAGCGUGUGUUGAACUUGCCCAAGAAGGGCAAAGCGCUCAAUGCGUUCCAAAUGACGGAGAAUAACAACAUUGUUAUUGAAUCAGCCAAGGGUAUUGGCUGCUCAGUAGUCAACAUUGGUAGUGGUGAUAUCAUUGAGGUUCGGGAGCAUCUUAUUCUCGGUUUGAUCUGGCAGGUCAUCCGUCGCGGUCUCUUGGGCAAGAUCGACAUCAAGCUCCACCCAGAGCUCUACCGGUUGCUAGAGGAGGACGAGACGCUUGAGCAGUUCCUCCGCUUGCCACCAGAGCAGAUUCUCCUCCGGUGGUUCAACUACCAUCUCAAGGCUGCCAACUGGCCAAGGAGGGUACAGAACUUUUCGACCGACGUCAAGGAUGCCGAGAACUACACCGUUUUGCUGGCGCAGAUUGGUCACGAGUACGGCUGCACCCGGGGCCCGCUGCAGACCCGUGACCUACACCAGCGUGCGGAGGAGGUGCUGCAGAACGCCGAUAAGCUAGGGUGCCGCAAGUUCUUGACCCCGUCAUCCCUCGUUGCCGGAAACCCCAAGCUCAACCUUGCCUUCGUUGCAAACCUGUUCAACACACAUCCCGCUCUUGACCCUAUCACCGAGGAGGAGAAGAUUGAGGUGGAGGACUUUGACGCGGAAGGCGAACGUGAGGCCCGCGUGUUCACCCUAUGGCUCAACAGCUUGGAUGUGCAGCCGGCUGUUCAAUCGUUCUUCGACGACCUUUGCGAUGGAACCAUCCUUAUGCAGGCAUACGACAAGGUUAUCAAGGGGUCGGUGAACUGGCGGUGCGUCAACAAGCGGCCAGCGCACGGCGGCGAGAUGUCUCGCUUCAAGGCCGUCGAGAACACCAACUACGCCAUCGAACUUGGCAAGCAGAACGGCUUCUCCCUCGUCGGUAUCCAGGGCGCCGACAUCACCGAUGGGCAGCGUAAGCUCACGCUAGGCCUGGUCUGGCAGCUAAUGCGCAAAGACAUUGCCCUCACGCUCAAGGGCUUGGCACAGCGCCUGGGUAAACGUGAAAUCACUGACUCGGAGAUGGUUCGGUGGGCCAACGAUAUGAGCCGCAAGGGCGGCCGCAACUCCAGCAUCCGCUCGUUCAAGGACCCGGCCAUUGGCACUGGUGUCUUUCUUCUGGACGUGCUCAGCGGUAUCAAGAGCAGCUAUGUCGAUUACGAUCUUGUCACCGACGGCCGCACCGACGAGGAUGCUUAUCUGAACGCCAAGCUGAGCAUCAGCAUUGCAAGAAAGAUGGGCGCGACUAUCUGGCUUGUGCCGGAGGAUAUUUGCCAAGUUCGCGCGCGUUUGGUCACAACGUUUAUUGGUUCGUUGAUGGCGGCGCACGAGAGGAUGCAAUAA